AUGCUCUCCAAACGCACUAAACAGCAGUCAACAAUUGAUUACCAACCACAAGACUCAGCAGCCAACCAACAAAAAUUUGGAUUAGAUAACACAUCAUUACAUAAUGGAGUACCUUUAGUCACUAAUACAGAAAAUAUUGAUGAAUGCGACUAA